CCCAGGAACAGACCUACACAUUAACAGCUGUUUUAUUUGGCGCCACUUUGAAUCUAGUAGACGAUUUCUUGUUAAAAGAUCGCUUUCAAAUCCAUUUCUUUGGAAUUUGUAAGAGGAUGAAAUGGAUUAUGAAGUGAAUGAAAGUUUACGAGUUGUAUUUCAGGCGAUAAAGGAGAGAUGUAGUAGACCAGUUCUCUUCGAUGGGUUUGAACUAAAGGUGUUGUUGCAGAACUUAAGUCCACUGGAGCAGUUGCUAGCUGCAAGGUAUUUUUGCAAGUUGCCAUGGAAUGUAGGAAGUUUGCGAGUUUUGGCUGUUCUGCAAUCGGCUAAUGUACUCACGGCAAGUAAUUAUUUAUUAAGACUGGAGAACGAUGAGGAGGUACAGUUAAUUCUGAAUGAUUUCCUCGAAGCUGAAUUUGAAUUGCUAAAAGAAUUAUAUACUGUCGCAUAUUAUGAUAGCAGCAAUGCAAUAAGGCUAAACGACUGCCUUGAUGAGUGUCUUUCCAGGUUGUAUGCUGAUUUAAUGGAGAAACCGCAACUAAAUGAUUUAACUUACAUUAAUGGCAUAACAAAGCAUAUGCCAACUGAUUUUACACUAAGUUUGAUGCAGAGGCACAUUCGUGCUGCCUUAGAUUUACAUAAGAGCAAUGCCAAAACAGCUUUUGGCAAUUUUUCAAACUGGAUCAAUGAAGGUGUAGAUGAAAUUCAAUUCACUAAAGAAUUAUAUGAAAAAUUAUUUCGACAUUCUGAGCAGGAAGCGAUUUCAUAUCUUUUUAAGCUGUCUUGUCUAGAACACUUCAGUCAGUGGAAAUUUUAUUUAAUUCUCUUACAAACAAUUUCAAGUAAAUGCAGUGAGGAAAAUUCGGCUUUUAUACGAAAAUACUUAAAAACACGACUAAGUCAAAUAGCGGCACUUCCCAAACGCGAGAGUAUGCUUCAUUUGCUUCUGUCGGUUCGAGCCGCAACCGCAAUAACGAUGGAUAUUGAUAAGAAUAUUACGGCAUAUGCUGAUUGGUAUAAACGAAAUAUAUCUGAUAUGAAAUUUGUUUUAAAAGUAGAGGAAUUCAAAGCUAUAAUUGAUAUUUUGGAACAAUGCAUACCUUAUGAAUCAUUAGAGGAUUAUCUAGAGAUUCAUGCUACUUUCUCAAUAUCCCCACCUGUUCAUUGUGGUAAAAUAGUACAAAGUUACAAAAGUAAAUGCAAAAUGCAUUUGACCAAAAUAAAGUCAAAAGCUAGACAAAGCAAUGAACACGACGAAAGCAUAGUCAUAGAGGAUUGUAAUUGAAUAAACUUAUUUUUUUAAAU